AUGUCUUCUCCGAUUCACCCUGCAGUCACUGUCACAAAUAUUAAAACCCUUAUUCCCAUUACUCUUGAUAUUGAACACGGACACUAUACUGCCUGGUCCGAAAUGUUCAAAAUACAAUGCAAAUCCCAUGAGGUCUAUGACCAUCUCCUUCCUAAACAAUCUGCUGCAACAUCCGCUUCGGAUAAAGACAAAGAGAAACCUGCGCCAACUGCUACUUGGGAACGUCUCGAUUCCAUUGUCUUACAAUGGAUAUAUGGAACGAUCUCCAACGACCUUCUACACACCAUACUGAAACCAAAUACUAAUGCACACGCGGCAUGGACGGCUCUUGCAAACAUCUUUCAAGAUAACAAAGCCACCCGUACUAUUGAUCUAAAUAACAAGUUCGCCAACACACGUCUUGAUCAGUUUCCUACAAUGACAGCCUACUGCCAAGCACUCAAAGUUAUCUAUGAUCAACUAACUAAUGCUGGCUCUCCAAUAACUGAGGAACAACUGGUACUCCAACUACUCAUGGGGCUUAACGACCAGUACGAGAGCACGGCUACAAUUAUUCAGCAAACGAGCCCGCUACCUGACUUCUAUGAAACACGAUCGAGACUAUGUAUGGCUGAAUCACGAAAACAGAAUCAAGCUCGUCAAGCCGCUCAGGCAGCCGGCACAGCUCUUAUCGCCACCACUGACAACAGAACCGCACAACAGAUGGACCAACAAACUUCCAGGUCUGACUCUCGGUACGACACACGCACGGAUCAGCAUCGUGAUCAGUCUUCUCGGGGCAGAGGACGUGGUCGGAACCGGGGUCGCGGCCGUGGCGGGUCUGUCAGGUCGGGGUCGCGGCAACACUUCUGCUUCGGGCAAUUCUGCUCCAGGUACCUAUCCACCCGGGUUCUCUCCUUGGCCGUUUAA